GCCCUUUCCGUUCACUCCAUUUUACCGCAGUCUCACUCACAGCUUCAUACUCUGCAAAGAAUAUUCAUUCGUUAUUCAAAGUUGCAGCAGCAUCAGCAUCAUCAGGGUUUAUGGUUUUGUCUCUCUUUCUCAAUCUUUCACUCUACUAUUCUCUCAUGGAUUCUCUCUCCAAUGCUUCACUACUCAAAUAACCCCUUCAAAAACCCCUUUUUCUAUUUUCCCUUUUUGCCACUCCUUCAACCAAAAAACCUUCCUUUUUUACACUUCAAAGCUGGGGAGAUUAUUGGGUUUGUUUUCAGCCAUGUGGGUCUCUUCUCAUAGUGCCACUCCUUUUAGGUCACCUUACUAUUGUUCCUCUUGUUUGUCUUUUUCUAACUCUUCUUCUAAACCAUUUCGUUUUCAUCUGGCUUCUUUGUCUUUUUUUGCUUCAUAUGGAUCACCUCAACACAGCAGAAGAAAAAUGAAACCAAUCCAGAUUGCCAACAAUGUCCUCCUACAUAGCAGUUUGUCAAGUAAUUCCCUUCAAUUUAGAGAAGGUUCACAGCGUCAAAAGCGAAUAUCUUUUGGGUUGAAUAAAUGCAAUGACAUGGAGUACCGUCGAAAUUCUCCAGUACAUAUUUCAGUUAUGAAAUUUUCAACAAGACGGGAAAAAGAUCUGAGUUCGUUGAGUUCCUUUGGCAAAAAAAUGAGGGCGAUGGAACGUUUGGCCUCUUUGGGUAACAGAUUGUACAAAAAACAUCCUACAAAAUUACGUGGUAAUAAAACUGGCUGGAACGCGGCUAGGGAUUCAUUGGCUCAAACAAAAGUGGAAAUGCAUGAUCCGGACAACAGUAGUUUGUAUCCAUCCAAUACAAAUACAACUGCUUCUUUUAUUGGUCAGGAACAGGCUAUUUCUAGGAAAACGGAAAACAAUGUUAUGCUACAGGAUCUACGUGAACCUGCCUCAUCUUCUGAUCAACAAUCUAUGUUACAAAACUCAAAGGUAUCGAUAGACACCGGAAGACUUGGCACCAAGUCAAAUGCAUCUUCGUUAAAUAUCAGUGAAGAGAAAGUUGAUGCAGUUAAUGGCAAUCACCGUUUGGCUACAACUGCAAAAAAAGCAACUAACGCAAAAUUUACUGUUACAAUGACACGCAGUGAUGAACAAUCAAAACUUCGGGAAAGGCUCUGUAGUAUCUAUGAAAACACAUUGGUUGUCGACAAUCUUUCUCUUGCAGAGGAAGUAGCUAAGAUGCUUACAGUAAAUUACAGGCAUCUUAUUCAUGCAUGUGAUACUGAGGUAUCCAAGAUAGAUGUCAAAAAAGAAACACCUAUAGAUCAUGGGGAGAUAAUAUGCUUCAGCAUUUAUUCGGGUCCAGAAGCUGAUUUUGGAGGUGGGAAGUCAUGUAUCUGGGUAGAUGUUCUUGAUGGCGGAGGCAAAGAGAUUUUAAAUAAGUUUGCCGAUUUUUUUCAAGAUCCGUCGAUAAAAAAGGUCUGGCAUAACUAUAGUUUCGACUGUCAUGUUAUACAAAACUACGGAUUUAAGUUGUCUGGAUUUCAUGCUGAUACAAUGCACAUGGCACGCCUAUGGGAUUCAUCAAGACGUUGGGUUGGCGGUUAUUCUCUUGAAGCACUAUCUGCUGACCAAAAGGUCAUGUCUAGGGCUAAGCUGAACUGUGAAAAGGAUUUGAUUGGUAAGGUGUCUAUGGCAACUAUAUUUGGUCAGAAAAAGGCGAAGAAAGAUGGAUCUUUGGGUAAAAUGGUUACCAUUGCUCCUGUUGAAGAAUUGCAAAGACAUGAGCGUAUACCUUGGAUAUGUUAUUCUGCCUUAGAUGCUAGAAGCACUCUGAAGCUUUAUGAGAGCCUAAAGAGUCAUCUGUCAGAUUUACCUUGGAAACUUGAUGGAGAACUUUUACGCGAAAACAUGUUCGAUUUUUACGAGAAUUAUUUGCAGCCAUUUGGCGAGCUUCUUGUCAAAAUGGAGUCUGAGGGUAUGCUAGUUGAUCGGUCGUAUCUUCAAGACAUAGAAAAGGUGGCCAAAGCAGAGCAACAGGCAGCUGUUAAUAGAUUCCGAAAAUGGGCUUGUAAAUAUUGUCCUGAUGCCAAGUAUAUGAAUGUUGGAAGCGAUGCACAGUUACGAGUACUGCUUUUUGGUGGCACUUUGAACAGAAAAAACCAAAAUGAGGCAAUUCCAACGGAGAAGAUUUUCAAAGUUCCCAAUGUUGAUGGAGUGAUUGAAAAGGGAAAAAAGACUCCCUCAAAAUUACGUGACAUUAAGUUGAAUAGCAUUGGAUAUAGACUGAACGUUGACAUAUACACACCUAGUGGCUGGCCCUCAGUUAGUGGUGCCGUUUUAAAGGCCCUGGCUGGCAAAGUUUCUGCUGAAUAUGACUUUAGUGAGGUUGAGGAUGAGGAUGAAGAUCCUUCUGAAUGUGAAGAUGAACCUUUAGAAAUAGACAAUUCUGCUUAUGGAACAGCAUUUACUGCUUUUCCAACAGAGGAAGAAGGGAGAGAAGCUUGUCAUGCAAUUGCUGCUUUAUGUGAAGUCUGUUCUAUUGACUCUUUGAUUGCUAACUUCAUCCUUCCCCUGCAGGGACAUAAUAUAUCUGGAAAGGAUCAGCGUGUUCAUUGCUCCAUAAAUAUCAACACAGAGACUGGACGCUUGUCGGCAAGAAGACCAAGUUUGCAGAAUCAACCAGCUUUGGAAAAAGACCGAUACAAAAUCCGUCAAGCAUUCAUUGCUGCUCCUGGAAAUUCUCUUAUAGUUGCUGAUUAUGGACAGUUGGAACUUAGGAUACUUGCACAUCUUACUAAUUGUAAGAGCAUGUUGGAAGCCUUUGAAGCUGGUGGAGAUUUCCAUUCCAGAACUGCAAUGAAUAUGUACCCGUAUAUUCGUCAAGCGGUUGAUAAUAAGGAAGUGCUUCUUGAAUGGCAUCCUCAGCCUGGUGAAGACAAACCCCCUGUUCCUCUCCUGAAGGAUGCAUUUGCUUCUGAAAGAAGAAAAGCCAAAAUGCUGAACUUUUCAAUUGCAUAUGGAAAGACUCCACAGGGCCUUUCUAAGGAUUGGAAGGUUUCUGUGAAAGAAGCUAAGAAUACAGUUGACCUCUGGUAUAACGAUAGAAAAGAAGUUUUGAGAUGGCAACAGAAACGUAAAAAAGAAGCUUUAGAACAUGGAUAUGUUUCCACAUUACUAGGGCGAUCCCGGCGGUUCCAUGAUGUAUUCCAAGGUCAUAGCUAUUACAAAGGUCACAUUGAACGGGCUGCUAUUAAUACUCCAGUGCAGGGAAGUGCAGCUGAUGUUGCCAUGCUUGCCAUGUUAGAAAUAUCAAAAAAUAAACAGUUGAAGGAGCUUGGAUGGAAGUUACUUCUCCAGGUUCAUGAUGAAGUCAUAUUGGAAGGACCAACAGAGUCAGCUGAGGUUGCAAAGGCGAUAGUUGUUGACUGCAUGUCAAACCCCUUUAAUGGCAAAAAUAUUCUCAGAGUUGGUCUCACUGUGGAUGCCAAGUGUGCACAAAACUGGUACGCCGCAAAAUAAAACAACAAAUCUUUGCGCCGUGCUGUGAUGGGAUAGUUUUGCACCCUUGGUUUCAUACAAAGGCCGUGGAUGGAUUUGGGAGAGAUGUUUUCUCAUUCAGAUUGAGUAUAUUGACUGUACAGUUUCUCGUGACUAAUCAAAAGAGGCUGCAACGUGGGGUGCCUUCUGUUUGCAUGGAAAAAAUAAUGUCCUUCCGAUGUAAUGUUAUCCUCCUUCGUUUCUAGAGGUCUUAUGCGAAUGGUUUCAUUGUGAAUGUUUUGGUGUAUAUAAUUUAUAAUUAUGGAGAAGACCAAAAAUCAAUAGUGUCAGCAUUUGACUGCAUUUGUUAGGUCUAGUAACGCUCUUUAAGCAACUGUGAUAUUUUGUGAGUGGGUGUGCAUUAGCAUUACCCUUUGUAUUAUUGUAUAUAAAAUGAAAUCUGUUCAAUGUUCA